UAUUAAUAUUUUAAUUUAUUUCAGUCAAUGCUUGUAGGGCUUGUAGUUCCAAAAAUUCAUGUUCAAAUAUUUUUUAUAAGAUAUUCUAAUUUCUUAUUCAAGUAAUUGCGCAUUUUGCUUUGCCUUACGCAAAAGAAAAAUCGCCAAAAAGUGUAGACCUCUACCAACUUUUUUAUAUAUUUAUUUUCUUAAACGCAUAAAAAUUGAAUGAAAUAAGAAAAUUGUAAAAAUAGUAGUUGAAUUUCCUAAGUUUUUCCAGCUAACCCAAAAAGAACCUAAGUGAAACCUUUAAUUUAAUCAUUUUAUUCGUUUCUGCAAGUUCAAAUAUUUCUAGAAUCGCCUAUAAGAGAGACAUUUUUUCAUUUUUAACCUAAUACUAUUUUGAGCAUUAUUCAAUGUGGCGCUAUAGAUAAGACAAUGUGGUGUGGCAGACAAGUAAGAGAAUAGGUCAGACAAUGUGGUCUAUAGCUAAGAUACUCAAUUGCAAUUUGAAAUUUUCUUAAAACAGAAUAUUAUUUUAAUUAUUUGAUUUAGGGAAACAUUUUAUGAAAUAUUAUUGAAGAAUAUUCAAGAAAAAAUUUAGUUUAAAAAUGAUCUUUUUUAUAUUAUCAGCGUUAAAACUGUGUUAGUGUUUAAAAUUUUUUAUUUUAAAGCUCUUCUUAAAGAAGGUGUUCAGUGUAUUGCUUGGCGAUAAAAGUUUAUUGACUUAAGAGUUUAGUGCUGUUGACAGUUUCGAAAAAUUUAGAUUUCUAGGUGUAUUUCAGUCUUUUUUAGCCAAACAGCAUUGAGACAAUCUUAAGAUAUUUUUAGAAUAGAUGAAGAUUCCAAGGGUCAGCAGAUAUUACUGAUAAUCUUUAGUAAAGUAUGUAUAAUCCUUCAAGAGGUGGAGUUCGUGGUGGAGCUGAUCAAUUUACAUGGGAGAGUGUAAAAAGUGACAAACAUCGAGAAAACUAUUUAGG